UGCGAUCAGUCAUUUCUGAAGCUAAACCAGGCUACAGCUUUAAGACUCAGGUACUGACCACAUUGAAACAUGAUCUUCGGCUUUAAUAAAGGAUAGGAUUCCCGGCUCAUCAUACAAGGUGCUGGUGCUGUUUGCCCUCUGAAGGACAGAAACACAAUGCAUCUGUGAAAAGCCAAAGAUAACACAGACGUUGUAUUCCUUUUCUUUUACAUUCUGCCCUCUGGAUCUGGAUAUCUGGCCAUGAAUCCUGAAUACGACUACCUGUUCAAGCUGCUUCUUAUAGGAGACUCUGGUGUCGGCAAGUCUUGCCUGCUCUUGCGGUUUGCGGAUGACACCUACACAGAGAGCUACAUCAGCACAAUCGGGGUGGACUUUAAGAUCAGAACCAUUGAAAUGGAACAGAAGACUGUCAAACUACAAAUUUGGGACACAGCCGGACAAGAAAGGUUCCGGACCAUCACAUCCAGCUACUACAGAGGAGCACAUGGGAUCAUCAUUGUGUAUGAUGUCACUGAUCAGGAGUCCUUUAACAACGUGAAGCAGUGGUUGGAGGAGAUUGACCGCUAUGCGUGUGAAAAUGUCUCCAAGUUGCUUGUGGGAAACAAGUGUGACUUGGUCUCUAAAAAGGUAGUGGACUUUGCCACUGGUCAAGAAUUUGCUUCAUCCCUAAAGAUUCCAUUCCUGGAGACCAGUGCGAAGAAUGCUGAUAAUGUAGAGAAAUCAUUUUUAACCAUGGCCUCUGAAAUACAGAAGCGUGUUGGAAGUGAUGGUGUUCAGAGUGAGGCUGCUAAAGUGGGCAACAAGAUAAACAGUGCACCCCUUUGGCCUGGGGGGAAAGAGGAGGCUGCCGCAGAGGAGGGGAAUUCUUGUUGCUAAUGCCAUACACAAACUACAAAAUAAGAGAAUCAAUGAAUUUGGACACUAUCUUAAUUUCCUUUUGUUUUGUUCAGAAAUGGUAAUUGAUCCUUGUGAGUACAGCUAUGCAAUAGUUAUGCGGUAGCCUGUUCCAACAGUGCAUAGAAUGUGGCCCGCGGAAAGGCACCCUUUGAAUUAGUCGGUACCAUUCUAAUGUAAUAGCUGAACACAGACAGCAACCGUGCUACCUUUGAAUGGCCUGGGUAUCGAACAUGUGACAAAAAAAACAACAGUUGAUUUACCAAUGUUUGCUUGAUGCUUUAAACAUGUAAGGUGACUUUUGAGUGUAAUUUUAUAUGUAACAUUUGUGAAGAACUGAUUGUUUUGGUUACCACUGGUGGUCAACAAGUAAUUUUUUCUUGUGUUAAACAUUUUUUGAUUAACGUUGUUUAAUGAAGACAAAUAAAUUAUAUAUUUGCGGCUUAA